AUGGAGACUGGCAUCAAGAGAGGCUUGCAGGCGGCGAAGGCAGCUGCGGAGACAGCCGCAGAGGUGGCUCAGAAGCCACCAACGCAGCUGGAUGAAGCCUUCGUUGCCAAAGUGCUGCGAAAGCUGUUUGAGAAGCUGGGCUCGACCUAUGUGAAGCUUGGACAGUUUAUCGCAUCGUCACCAACGGUCUUUCCAGCUCCGUAUGUGAAGGAGUUCCAAAGCUGCUUGGAUUCCACCAGCAAGAUCUCCUUCGUGGAGGUGAGGCGGAUCAUAGAGCGCGAGUUAGGCCGCCCUCUGCGCGGCGUCUUCGCCUACGUGGAUCCUACGCCCCUGGCCUCGGCCUCCAUUGCCCAAGUCCACGCAGCGCGAUUGCUGGACGGUCAGGAGGUGGUGGUCAAGGUCCAGAAGCCGGGCAUCGAGGAUGUGCUGAAGACCGACCUAGGCGUGGUGUACCUGGCCUCGCGCGUCCUGGAGUUCAUCAACCCCGACUUGAACAUCCGCGGGUCGUUGGCAGACAUCGCCUCGGACUUGCGGCAGUCCAUGCUGGGGGAGUUGGACUUCCGUGAGGAGCUGCGGAACCUGGACGUGUACCGCGAGUUUUUGGAGGAGAACGGCCUCUCUGCCAUUGCAGCGGCGCCCAAGCCGUACCCGCACGCCUCGUCCAAGCGCGUGCUGACGAUGGAGAGGCUGAGCGGGGUGCCGCUGGUGGACCUCGACAGAAUCAGGCAAUACACCAGCGACCCCGAGGGCACGCUGGUGAACGCCUUGAACGUCUGGGCGCUGUCGGUGCAGAAGUGCGAGUUCUUCCACGCGGACGUACACGCAGGAAACCUGCUGGUGCUGGAGGAUGGUCGUGUGGGAUUCAUCGAUUUCGGCAUUGUAGGCCGGCUGUCCCCGCAAAUGGCCACGGGCAUCGAUCGCCUGAACGCAGCUCUCGCAGUCAGCGAUGCCCGAGGCAUGGCAAGCGCCCUCAUCUCCAUGGGCGCCACUGUUGGAGAGGUGAACGAGGAUGCCUUUGCCGCCGACAUCGAGAGCCUGAUCUCGCGCCUAGGAGGAGGAAGUCUGGACGACGUGAAUGGCACCUCUGUGGACGAGUCGCAGAUCCAGGAUGUGGUGCUGGACAUCGCGCAGGUUGCGGGCAACAACGGGUUGAAGCUGCCCCGCGAGUUUGGGCUACUCAUCAAGCAGUCCUUGUACUUCGACCGCUACACCAAGCUUCUGGCUCCGGAGCUCAACAUGAUGUCCGACGACCGCAUCGCUAACUUCGGAGAGGCCUUGCCAGACGAGAAAGCCUUGCCGGCUCCGGGCAACACGAGCGUGGAUACUUGA